UGUAAAUAAGGUGAAAUAAUGGAGGAAAAGUGCUGAACAGUUGUGAAUUGUAGACAGUAAAUUCAUGGAAAAUACGAAUUUUGUUUUAAUACAAAAUGUAUUCGGAUUUUCCAGAAUUCGAUCACGAUUACAUCGUCUGAUAUUGUCAGAAAUUACCAAUUUAUGACGUAGCUGAGCAGCGAAGUGGAGUAAAGAUGUAGGAGAAUUGUAACAAUCUGGGACAGACGGUUUCCCAAAAAUAGUAUAAACUUGGUAGACACACGUGUGGACUUAAUUACGAAGUUAUUUUGGAAACCAACAGAUUGAAACAUGUCCAGCAGUAGACAGCCGUCAGCUGUGUCCGCCAGUCGUGCAGACUAUGCCAGAAUGAAGGAGGCAAAAGAGCAGGCUCAGAGACACCGGGAAGCUCAAGCUCGUUCCUCAAAAAUGGCUGCCAAACCCAAUGACACGUACAGGGAAUGUUCAAACCUCUUUCCGCAACAGCCACGCAAAGUCAUACAAAGGGACUCGGUUGUUGCCAAUGCGUUAGGGGACCACGAUGAUGCCAAACAGUUCUUCAACAGUGCUUUAGGCGUCCACAGCUAUUCCUACCCUCAGACACCUCUAACUGAAAAGAAGCGACCCUUUCCUACACAACCCAAUGGCAAAACUCAUCAAAAAAACCCUCCUAGUGCUAAAAAUCUUGCCACAAAUGUGGUUCCUGUUAGUGACCCUGAAAGAUCUGCACUAGAAAAAUCAAAACCAUCACCACAAAAAUCUGGUAGUAGUGCUUCCAGAGACAAGACUUUGAGAGACGGACAAUUGGCGUCUCGGCGAUCAAGUGGCGACACCAGCUCUAAUCGGUCUGUCUCUCCAGUCAAACCUCCUUCAAACUGUAAAAGUGGUGCUAAUUUGACCCCUGACCAAUCCAACCAUGACCAUCAAAACCAGCGAAGUCAAACGUCAACAACCUCCUCAUCUUCAUCUACUGUACGCAAUGAGAGUCCUGUACGCAAGCAAACUAAGCCACCUAAUAAACCCCUACCGCAGAAAGGGGGAAGCAACUCCACCACUGAGGUCAAGAAGAGUAAAAUUAAGAUAGAGGAGGAGAGCAAUUCAUCAAAACCAAGCAAUCAGAAUGUUGAUGACGCCUUCCCUAGACCUACUGUAAAUAACAAGCGAAAACCUCUGAAACUCAAGAUUGAGCAUCAGGGACAAGACCCUCAUGACGUCGCUGACAUCUUACAGGAGAUGAAAUGCCUUGACCCUCCAGUGACUGCAAUACUUACCCCACGCAAAGAUGAGCCAAAAUUUCCAUUUCCUGUUCAACAGAUUGAUAACCAUGCCAUACAGCCGUUCAGGAAAAAACCAGAGAAGCUUCUUGAGCCUAUAUUAGAUAAACUAACGGACAAGACAUCAGAGAAGGAUAAAGUGCAGGAGAAAGUGUGUGAGGAGAUCAAACCGCGUCCAACAGAUAUCAUACCCAGCAAGCCUGCCAUUUCUCGAAGGAUCAGCAUCCAAAAUGGAGGAUUUGACAUUGCUGAUGAUCUUGAUGUCAGUGAAGACAGUGAUGUGGAGAGGCUACCUGACAACCAGUCCCCACCCCCUACCAAACAACGCCCCAUCCUAGGAACAACACGAGGGGUAGGAGGGAAGGUGCCGGUCAAAGAGCCAAGAUCUGAUCCGAUGUUCACAUCCAGUAGUGGGUCCAGCAGUGAUGAGUCGGAGGAGGAAUCAGAUACCAGUGGCUCAGAUAGUGAUAGUCCCGGCUCCGAGGCCGACAACCAAGAUGAAAUUGAAAAGACGGAAAGACCCAAAACCCCACCAAUCAAGUCUCCUCCCCCACCACAGGAACAGAAGAAGACGAGCUGGGCACUGGGGACAUUCAUGCCCCCUACAGCUACUUCCUCGGUGCCAACCCUGACCUCCAAUUCUCUGGUCAGGUCCAGUCCCUACAAAGAGGAUCCUAACAAUGAGGUCAUCGACAACAUCCUCAACGAAUUCAUCAAACCGGACCUGAAGGAAGAUGGUGAUGCGGAUGACGAUAAUGACGAUGAUGAUGAUGAUGACUCUGAUAAUGACUCUGAUAAUGACACAGACGAUAGUAUAACCAAAAUUGUGACAAAGUUUAAAAAUAAAAAUGUUCCCAGUAAUAACCAGGCAAAUAUACGAAAUUCUGGUAAAUCACCCGGUGCUUCCACUGUAGGUCUAGGAUCGAAACAUGCCAGUGGAAAAAGUACUUCUAAACAGACCAGUAACAAAGGACGUCCCCCUAGUGAUUCCUCUAAGAAGGAAAAGUCCAAGAAAAAAGUGCCAAUGCCUCACACUGAUCAGAGAAAGAAAAAUUCCAAGGUGCACAAGUCUAAGGCAUUCAUUGACACGGACAGUGAGGACGAGGAGGAGGAGGUAGUGGUGCCUCCAACUCUCCCAGCAAUACGAAUGGUCAUGGACGAGGACGAUGAAAAUAUGGAGAUAGACGUCCUCAGUGUUACGCCAGAAAAAAGUGUUGACCCUAACACCAAGUUUAAUUCAAAGGAGGUCUCUCUAGUGUCAACACAACUUGACUUUCACCAGGAGAAAUACAAUCGAAAUGAUUCCAAAUCCAAGGAUAAGAAAUCUUCAAGUUCUAAAAGCAGCAAAAAGGAUAGCAAGUCAGAAACCAAGUCUAGUGGAAGUAGUAGUCAAACUAAACCGCCAAAAUACAUUCGUUCUUCCUCUAAGGAGAAGUCCUCAAAGAAAAGUCGUGCUAUGAAACAUAAUCAGGAAAAAGAUGUGAAGGAACAUAAGGUGAGCGAGGCACCAGCCCCACCUAUCGCUGUGGUAGCACCAAUGAAACCCUACGAAAAAAUGAAUAAUAGCAAUACAAGUUUUGACAAGAAUAGUAUGAAUGAAAUUUUGGAGGAGUUUGGGAGAAGUGACACACUGCUUUCUCCUUUACCAACUGUGCCAGAAAAACCCAAGAUAAUUCCUUCUCCAGAGAAGGACAAGGACAAAUCUAAGAUACUGGAUGCCCUUUCCUACAAGGAUGGCCGGCCAAGUAUCAUUGUAAGGUUAGAUUGGGCUUUAGUUAGUCACUUUAUAGAGGCAAAAAAAAAGUCAGACAUUAUUGGUAAGAGGAAGACUUCGAGUUCUGAUAUACCUGUCAGUAGUAGUGAAUCAAGAAAACCACGUUUGGAUUCAGAAAGUGAAAUUGCCAAGGAACUGAUUGACGAUGAGUUGAAUCUCGGUACGCCAGAAAGUAAAUUGGACUCCUCAUUCUCUUCACAUCAGUCCUCUAACAGUGUUGCAAACAGUCACCGUAAACUUCACAAAAAACGCAAGUCAGAGGCAGACCACGGAGAUGUGGUAGCAGGAAGCAGCAAACGUCAAAAAGGCAGCAGCCAUAGGUCUAGUCACCACAAAAAGACAAAUCAGGACUCCAGUCAAAAGGAAAAGCGAAGUCACACCGAUGAUCAUGAAUGGGACAGGAAACAUCCAGCUAGGUCAAGAUCAAAUAGUGGUGGUGAAAGCCAAUCUAACGUCAGUGAAUCUAGUCAUCAUAAUGCCAACAAACAUGCCAACCCAAUACAUCACAAGUCUCAGCCUAUGGAGGAGGCCAGCAAGUCUGACUUCGAUGACAAGGAAGAUCAGUUGAGGGUGCCACCUGGUGGUGAGGGACAGCUGUCUUCUGUGGAAACCUUGUACACCAUCAACCGUGAGGGUGACGGAGACGUGCCCAAUCACCCAAGACGCCUUGAAGAUAGCAGGUUGGACCCAGCAGAUGUGUACCUCAGCAGAGCCAAGGAACUCAAGCACGAUGCUGACAAUCUGACAGAUAAGCUGGCUAAAUCUCUCAUGUAUACGGAGGCAGUGCUGUCCUUUAUCCAGUGUGGCUAUGCCAUGGAACGGGACCAUCUAUCGGAUGUGUUCCGAAUGUAUCGCGACACCUUUAAACUCAUCACCCAUAUAUGUAGGUUCAGAAGCACCAAUGACAACUCCAUGUCAGAGAAGGAGAAAAAACUAGCAGUAUUAAGUUUUAGAAUCCAGUCAUUGCUAUGCCAAAAGUUAUUCAAGUUAAAAAAGUCAGAAGCGCUCAAAUUCAAAAGAGUCAUCGAGGAGCACAACAAGGUGGCAUCCAAAGCCCCACCAGCCCCCUCACAUGCUCCUUCACCUCACCAGACCAACUGGCCGCGUACCACUGGCACCCCAUCCCCUAUGUCCCCCACCCCCUCCCCAUCCGGUAGUGUUGGUUCCAAUGGUUCUCUGGGAAGCUGCAAUGAAGUGACACCCUCCAAGCUGGGUGGAGGAGUGGUGGCCCUCUCUACCAUGUCAUCCCCUGGUAGUGUGAGCGUGCCCCACCGCAUACAUUCCAUAACCCAGGAGUACCUAGGUACAGUCAACUACUUGGUAAUGGGCCAGGACUUCUGGGACCAGGCCGAUGUAGCCAUGCAUGAGUUCAAAGAUUGGUUUGCGGAGUUAGAUGAACCAUGUGGGACCCUGACCCUGAACAGCAGUAUAGCUGACCUAGUGUUGUAUGUGCAAACAGGUCUCCAGCGACUCAAGGAGAGGCUGAAAGACACAUGACAAAGGCAGCCAAACAGCUCCCAUGGCGGGCCAGCUAGGUGUCACUCACUUUAAAAAAUAACCGCUCACUAUGGGGCAAUGAAUGGAACAGACUACCAUUGUUGAAGCUGUAUUGAACUCAAGGACAGACAUAGAAUGACUAUAGCCUUCCCUAUCAUUAAAGUGUUCAAAAAAGGGAGACAACUUAAGUGCUCCUGUAUGUAUUAGGUGCUGUUGUUUAUGUAAACCACUUUGACAAGUGCUGGGUGACAUACCACAAAGUCAAAGUUCAUAGUUCAUGAAGAAGGCCUGCUAUUGGAUGGUGCUGUACAUGGGGGUUGACAAGGACAGAGUUUGUGGCCACAUGGUUCCUUAUUGGAUGGUGCUGAACAGAGACAUUGGAUGACUGGGUGGGGGAAAAAAUCCUAGAGUCACUUGUGAAUGAUAAAUAUGGGCCUAUAUUCAGCCAUUUGAACAGGCCUAUGUUUAUUCAUUACUAUCUUGUGUGAUACUGAUAUUGGUAAGCAGAUCCAAGUUCAGGGAUGCUAGUCUAAUGCCAAGAUUGGUAAGAAGGUCAGCAUCACUUUGGUAAAAGGACAUCUACUAAUGGACAUUAAUGGAACUUUACACUCAUCUAUUUCACCUUAUGUCUACAGUAAACCAGGCAACAGAUCUGGUCUGAUUUUUUCAUAACUCCUGUAUUUUUAUCUUUUUUGACUGGUCUGGUUUUAACCCUGUAGUUGUGACUGGAUAGUUGCUCACACAAGCAGAAGACAAAAUCUUGCACUGCCUAACAUAUCUCGGCUCAUAUUGAUGGAUAUGAAUGACUGUUGCCAGUUGUUGGUUGCCAUGAAAACUUUUAAAUGUGACUUUUGUAAGUGUUGCUAUGGAUACCAUGGUAUAUAACAAGGAGGUGUAUGAGGUAGAGUUGUGGCAGUCUAGUCGAGGCCAUCGACCUCACAAGGGUUGGCCAAUCUUGUGUGUCGCCUUCUGUUAUUUUGUGAUAUUAAAAUAUUGUUAAGAGGAGUUCUUACACCCUUGAGACGAGGAAAAUAGUGCAAAUAUUUAUAGAUUUCCGAGAAUGGAAAGACUUAAGCUUGUUAUUAUUGUACACAAUAUUACUAUUAUGUAAAAUUUGAUUCAUGAUGGGUGACAAACAGAAUAAAUUAUUUAUAAUAUGAUGAAGGUAUGACACAUACAUAUAUUUAUCUGUGUUUUAUUCUAAUGGGAGUGAUUCCAAUCGUCAAAGCCAUAUCAAAUCACCCAUUGAAGUCAUGUUUGUACUCGGUACACCCGUUUUGUGUACUAUUAAUUUAUUACCCUUUACAGCAAGGGAAAGGAUAUUCAGUAUUUUUGGAGGAAGAAGUUAUUAUUAAUACCAAGUUUGGUAAGCAAAAAUAUCUCGUAAGAUUGCUUCGCAAAUUAAUAUAUAAAUAUAUCUUGUUGUUGAUGUGGAAAAUAUGUUUCUUCCUUGAUAUUAACUUUUUUUUUUCUUCAAACAGCAUUCAAAGAAACCUUAUCAGUAUGACCAAUCAGCUAUACUUAGCCUUCUAUAUGAUAUGUACUUAGCCUGCUGUGUGAUUGUAGCAUAACCAGCUAUGGCAUACUUGGCCUAUCCUAAGGUUAAAACAUUAAAAGCUAUAAUAAUACUUGGCCUAUAAAAAGGUUGAAACAUUGCCAGCUAUACAUAACUUGCUGUUAGGCUAUAACAUUGCCAGCUAUACAUAACUUGCUGUUAGGCUAUAACAUUGCCAGUUAUACAUAACUUGCUGUUAGGCUAUGACAUUGCCAGUCAGAAAAGAGUCAUCUUUCACCCACCAAUCAGCAUAUCAAAUGAACUAAGACUGACCAUUAGGCUUUCACAAAGGUCACAAACUUCAAAAUGUGUGGAAUAAUUUAAACAAUUAAGUUAUAUAGGUAGGAAAUAGACUCAAGUAAGUGCUAUAAUCUUGCUGGUGUGGCCUAAUUAGCUGGUAGAUUUCCUCAAGAGGUGUUUACAGUCAGGCAUUUGUGAUCUGUCUCGUAAAGUCUGGUGUGCAUGGAUGUAUUUGCGAGUUAUUUAUAUGACAAGUACACUAUACAGAGACCACAUUUAGUCCUAUCUGUUGUGAACUCUUUCUGUGAUCCUAUGUAUGUGUUGUGAUCUGAACUGAGAUCUGAAAAUGGUUACCCUUGAAUCUCUAUAUCUUCCAGUGGAACUACUGUAGUCCGUGUAUAUGGAGAAAUCUUAUAACUGAAAAAAAAUGUUUGUUUGCUACAUAGUUGAUUAUCUCAUGAACCUAAGGUCUAAGUUUGAAAACAAAUAAAAAAAUCCAUAUAUUCCUGUUUGGCAAAUAAGGAAAUGCCAUUAGUUUGCAUAUGUAAAUGUAUGGAUUACUGCUGGCAGUUCAGCUGUUGCUGAUGCAGUGAUGAUAAUUCAGCUGUUAUUGUGCUGGCAGCAUAAUUGGUACUGUGCUAGUGCUGUGCUUGGUAGCCUAUUGUAUUUGGUACAUCCAGGGUUGUCUUCUCAAAUGUAUGUUUAGCCAGUAAAAUAAUCCUCCGUGCAAGUUCAAAAGCAGGCUAUAACAACUGAAAUUUUGUUCCGAAAAUCUUAAUAGAAAGGCAUGUGUUAGCGAAGUUUGGUAAAACACCACGUUAUACUGUCUAUUAUGGCAUUGGGAAACUUGAAGUUUUGUAACUCAAGUGAAUAUUUGGCUUGAAAUAACAGUAAGAAACAAUGAUUCCAGCAAUCAUUCAUUUGACUGAAAGGUACAGUACAGCACUGACACAGAGUUCAGCAAUGAUAUUGCAAGAUAUAGAGAGACAAGGGUGUCUUGCUUUGGGUAGAGAUUAAAGCAGAUUACAGAGUUUUUAGUCUGUGCAAUAUUUUUUACUUAUUGAAGAAUUUGUAUUUUGGACAAAAUUAUCUUGUACUUUUAUUUGCAAAUUUUUGAAGUAGAAUGACCAGACUUAUUUUGGAGAAAAAGGACCAAAUCUGAACACAUAUGUAUAGAGAUGUAUUUAAAGCAAGGAUUUCUAUGUACGGCCAUCAUUCAGUAACAAACAUCUAAUGCAAUCAGCAGUGGUGACUGUCAAUGUGUAGAAUUUACCAGCCUCAUAUCAAACAUCCAGGGCAGGUAUACCGGUAGGUUAAUGAAAGCUAGGCAAAAUGUCACAAAAUAAUUUUUUGCUUGAUUUUUGAAAAAAUCGUAAUUCAAUUUUUUUCCAUCACAGCUAUGAUUCUAUAUUCAUUAAAUCACUUGUUAGUCCAGUGCUUGGGCAAAAUUCUAAGUACCAUAGUCCUCCCAAAAAAUUGACCUCAUCAUGCAAUACAGGAGAAAUCAUGUUUAAAACUUACUAUCUGUACACAAUUAUGUGAUUUUGUGUUUAUAAAGGUGUUUCCUUGAUAGAACUGAUGAUUAAACUUCACAAUACUCUUACCAAGAAGCUAUAUGACCGGUUACUGGUAACUAAUCUCAAAAAGUAAGUUAAGAAUCACAAGUACCCAUGGUUACGGAAAAAAAUAAAGUAGGGCCGUAUUAGCAAAACGGCUGGUAUACGGCAGGUCAGGGAAAAAGGAACUUAGUCUAGGUAUUUGAAGCAUCAGUAUUUGAUUAUAAUGUUAAGAUUUUGUUGGCUUAUUUUUCGUAAUAAGGCUGAACUUUGGUUCAGACAUAAACACUUUAUAUCUUCCUCAAUAUUUUUCUUCCCGUAUCAUGUUUUCUUGUUACAUUUGUAUUGUUUUGUUGAGUGAAAAGGUUAUUGACUAGCGCAUUCCAUGUAGGCCACACAAGACUGGAUGUCUGCUGCUGUUAGCAAAUCCCAUUCAUUUUGUUAGAUGCUUUGCCCUAGUGUUAGUUUUCCCCAUGUUGGCUAGAACUGAUUUUGUGUUCAACAAUCCUAAACCAUCUACGGAUAUUAUGCAACCUUAAAUUAUGCCUAUUAUCAUUUUUGUUACAUACAAUGCUAAAAAUAAAGAGACCGACAUAUGACAAGAUACAAUAACACUUAGAGUGGUAUGUUAAAACAGUAUAAUGUUAGCUCUUAAAGAGCUAUUUCUUGAAAAUGUGGAGAAAGUUGAAAACUGACUUAAAACUUUGUAGAGAUGGAUAUUUGACCUGUUAAAACCUUUAUCUUGACAUACAGGUAAUACUGUACAAUGUGAUUCAAGCAAGACAUUAUCUGUGUUAAGUUGUCCCCGUCGGAGUGCAACUGUUGUCAGAUUUUCCACUGAUAAUGAGUCGACUAGGUAAAGUUAACAGCGAUGAAUAAUUUGACAAUCGCUUGACAUGAGAUUAUUAAAACCCAGUUAGAAAAAUUACAAGUUAAACUUGAAACAUUAUUGACAACAAAGUCCUGCUUGGGGUUGAUAUGUUUAUCCUAUAGAGAUUAUAACACUGACAAUUGAUAAUGCCAAAUCAGGGUACACACUUGCAUGUGUUCCCCACAUUCCAUGAUGAAAUUUUGUUGACCUGAUUUCCAUGACGCAUCUUGCCAUACUGACAGCUAAAUAACUCAACUUCUUACAAAAGCUUGAUGGCUGUAUAAUUGUAUUAGUUUAUUGACCCAUUGGUGUGGAGCGGUCCUAGUGGUGCAGUAUGACUGGUGUAUGGCUCGUGAAAUAAGAGAGUUGGUGCUGUGUGAAUCAUAAUAUCAUCCUUGAGUUGGUAGUGUUCUAAAAACUUCACAUAUUCAGAAGUUCAUAGAUAAAAUCUAAGUCUGAAUAUGCAUGCAUGUAUACUCUUUUUCUUUCUUAUUUUUUAUUCUCUAAAUAUCAGUGUACUUCCACAAACCUAGCAUUGUGAAUAAGCCCUCCAUCGUCAAGUGUUGAAGCCUAGGAAUCCCACCCUCCCCGUAUCUUUCCUUGUAAUGCCUCCUGUAAUUAGGAGACUAGUAUUGUUGAUAGGGUACAGAAAAGCCUUCCUCCACAGAGAUAUUACAUAUGGCAGCACAGGGUGUGUAGCUAGGCUAUGGCAUUUUACAUUAUCUUCAUCAAUCCCUGGUACUUCGGUACUCCCCUUAUUUGUAUCAGAACUCUUCUAUCUAUUACAGUUAUUUGGUGCCCUCUCUAUUUGUAUCACAGCUGUUAUAUCUAGUGUGGUACCUAAGUGCCCCCCCUAUUUGUAUCACAGCUGUUACAUCUAGUGUGGUACCUAAGUGCCCUCCCUAUUUGUAUCAGAGCUGUUAUAUCUAGUAUGGUACUUAGGUGCCCUCCCUAUUUGUAUCACAGCUGUUACAUCUAGUAUGGUACUUAAGUGCCCUCCCUAUUUGUAUCAGAGCUGUUACAUCUAGUGUGGUACUUAAGUGCCCUCCCUAUUUGUAUCACAGCUGUUACAUCUAGUAUGGUACCUAAGUGCCCUCCCUAUUUGUAUCACAGCUGUUACAUCUAGUAUAGUACUUAAGUGCCCUCCCUAUUUGUAUAACAGCCGUUAUAUCUAGUAUGGUACUUAAGUGCCCUCCCUAUUUGUAUCACAGCUGUUAUAUCUAGUGUGGUACCUAAGUUCCCUCCCUAUUUGUAUUACAGCUGUUACAUCUAGUAUGGUACUUAAGUGCCCUCCCUAUUUGUAUUGGAGCUGUUAUAUCUAGUGUGGUACCUAAGUG